AUGCAAAAUACAACACAUAAGAUUGAUAUAUCAGAUAUUGCAAAUAUCAAUGCUCAACAAUUUCCAAAAUUGUCUUUAUGUAGUUUUACUCGAGCAUCACAUGUCAACUUUUAUGAUAGAGUACUAUUAAAAAAUGUUUUUGAACAUUGGAAAAUAUAUGUUAUACACAAAUUACACACAAGAAGAGCUACCUAUAAAGCUGAUUAUUUUUAUCAUAAAAAGUUGAAGAAAAAGAUUUUAAAUGCAUUAUCAAGAAAUGUAUUGUUAAAAUGGAAACAUAUUGUUUCACUUACAAAUAAAUACACUAAUGAAUCUAUAAUUUCCAUAAAUUACGAAAAAGCAAAGACACAUUAUUAUAAAUUUUUAUUAAGAAAGUACUUCAAACGUUGGUGUUGUUAUAUUUUAAUGAUAAGAAAAGAAAGAGAGUUAUUAGAAAGAGCUGUUAUAUUUCAUAAUAUAUAUUGUUUGAAAAAAUAUAUUAUAAAUUGGAAAUUGUACAUACUAUUGCAAAACAGAAAGAAAGUUACAAGAAAUAAAAUUAAUCAAGCACGUCAGUUUUAUGCAAGAAAAACUUUACAAAAAUACAUAAAGAUUUGGAUUAAUAGCUGCGAAUUGCCAUUACAAAAAAGUAAAAUGAAAAAUGCAAUUAUGCAUUACAGAAUUAAAUUGCUAAUAAGAUAUUUUAAUGCUUGGGAAUUGUACCAUGAAUAUAAAAUUAAAAAGUUAAAUGUAGACGAACGUAUUUCAGUAUAUAAUAGAACGAAAUUGUUGAAACAAUAUCUUAAACGAUUCAUAUUGUGUGUAAAUGAAUCUAUCGCGGAAAGGAUAAUGAAUGAAAACGCUGAAAAGUUUUACAAUUUCAAGCUUGUACAAAAAGUAUUUUUUGCAUGGCAAGAGUGGUAUAAGAAAAAACUACAAAAUGCAUACAAAAUAAAAAUGGUUCGUAAACGAGAAUUAAAUGAGAUCGCUACUGGUUUUCUAUUAAGAAAGUUUAUUUUACAUUGGCACUCUAAGUUGCAAGAUGUUCUAAGCAGCAAUAAAAUUGCACAAGAAGUGUUUGUUACAGAAAGGACUUAA